UGCAAGGCUGGCAUAGGUCGUCACAAAGAGCGCGCGGUUAUGGCGCAAAUCUGGCCCUGAUUGCUUGGAACUCCACUGAGAGAUGGCUACUGUCAUAUUUCCAACGCCACUGGCCUGGCAGCCGUCCCAUUAUUCAACGAAAUAUGGACAAAUCAAAUGUAAUGCCUCCUGAGUACCUACUUGCUAUGGCCAACGAUGAAAGUUCGAGACGUUUGGUAAAGGACUAUAAGAUCUCUGAAGGCCAACGACAUCAGCAUCGUAUUUCAGCUUCGAUCCCUCACUCAGCUUCGACCCGUCACUCAGUUUCGAUCCAUCACCAUUCUUAUCAUUUAGCAGCCUAAAGCUCGUUCUAUAUCUCCUUAUUUGCUAUAUCUUCACACACCUCGUUAAACCUCAAUUUGUCAUUCUUUGUGGCUCAACAUGUCUAUGGCUAAAUCUCUCAAGAGGGUUGGCAAGGUGACAAUGUCUCAAGUCCAAAGUGCCAAUGGGUCACUUGGUGUGCAAUGGCUUUCAGCGCUCAAUAUUGCAGAGCAGACUGUUGUCACUACUUACCCACAAAUUGAUGCUAUUCAGAUUGCAGGUGCCAAGGCACAUCAAUCCUACGAAGUCGCUGCACAUUCAAAUAUUAUCAGCGUGAAGUUCUUUGCUGGCAGCAAAAGAAUUAUGUCCGCGCAUGUCCACUUGAAUGGAAAAGUCGACUACAGUAAGCCGACCCACGGCAGUUCUUCUGCUCAGGUGGCUACGACUGCUGGAGCUGGACAUAAUGCCGGUGGAGGUGAAUCUUCCAGCAGUCAUGCACAGGGCGCCACCACUACCGAGCUUUCGUGGAGGACAAACGAGCAGACGAAGCGUGCAGAAUGGUGGAACGGAGUGGGUUGGGUUGAAGGAGAAUGGUCUUAUGAGCAUCAAAGAUGGUAUGCUUAUUACAAUGGUGAAUGGUACUAUUGGUGA